GCAGGUUGCCUUGGAGGCAUACGGACCCCGUUGCGGGCCUCAAACCCGCUCCUCCCAGAACAGUGAUGGCUCCGGAUUGCGAACCACGGUGGGCCAGCACAGUGUUCCUCGGCCAGCUGAUUUGGGCUUAGUAUUUGAGUAACCGUAUUUGCCCCUGAAACACGAUGUCAGUUGUCUUGGAGGGUCCAGUGGAACACGCGCUGGGUUUGCAUCUACCUUAUGUAAUGCUCAAGUUGUCAGGGAGAAGUUCGACAUUGCGAAACUAGGGAGCACCGAGCGUCACCAUCGGCUGCUACUGUCACCAACUCAACCAACACAUUUGUCCUCAUCCCCACAUCACAACACUUUCACUUGACGCUAAACAUUCUGCAGGCUUGCAAAUUGGCAUGCUUGAGUUUCUAUUGCCACUGGUUCCCAUGCCUUCUAGCAGGGUGUCCAAAGGAAAACAGCGAGCAUCGGAAUGGGCGCCUUACGACCACCCCUCUUCUCUAAUGGGUCAUGAAAUGUACGAGGAGCUUGUUCCGGGGCAGGGGGCCAUCGAUCCCAGGCUCCUACAAAAUGACUUCGCUCCGGCACCUCCUGAACCUUUGGACUAUCCAGCUGGGCCGACUGAGUACAUGGCUCCGGCUGAGGCCCAGCACGAUACACCAGCUCUAUUUCCAUCUACAUACGUUAUAGGGAGCCAUCAGAUUGACUACACCAACGACUACCGCGACGCUCAGAAUCAGUUUCCCACGUCCCAGGUCGACAGCUUUGUGCCAUCUUAUCCUUCGAGUUCCGGCCACGAGUCUUAG